AUUACGGGGGCGUGUCCUUUGAUGAAAUCAGCUGGGGAAACAACAACAGAAAAGGAGGUGGCUCAGACUGCAACCGAGUGUCUGGGCCGGUAAAUGUGUACAUUGCAACCCAUAAAAGUAUUCUCUCUCGUGUAUUUUAUCACCGGUGGAUGAUUUUAAACUGAACCGAAGCUCGUGAGGCUCCGAGAAGGCGGCCACGGGAAGCAGGAAAAGAGGGGAGUGUGAGAGGGCAGAGGUCCUUUUGGUCCCCUUGCAGAUCCAUGCUCUUUGUGUCAAGUGGACCCGAACACGACCACCUAUUUGUUCUUCCCUGCGUGUCCUUGCCUGGUUUGCGAGACAGGCACACCGGCAGAGUGGCAUGUGGGUCAAUUCCGGAACCGUCGGAAGGGCCCUCUCCAUGGAUAUAGACACAGACUAUGAGCGGCCCAAUGUGGAAACCAUUAAAUGUGUGGUGGUAGGGGAUAAUGCAGUGGGCAAGACCAGACUCAUAUGUGCCCGGGCUUGCAAUGCCACCCUCACACAGUAUCAGCUCCUCGCCACCCACGUGCCAACCGUCUGGGCCAUCGACCAGUAUCGUGUAUGCCAGGAGGUUUUAGAGAGGUCCCGGGAUGUUGUGGACGAGGUCAGUGUGUCCCUCAGGCUCUGGGACACCUUCGGGGAUCAUCACAAGGACAGACGAUUCGCCUAUGGCAGGUCGGAUGUGGUGGUGCUUUGCUUCUCUCUGGCUAAUCCCAAUUCCCUGCGCCAUGUCCGCACCAUGUGGUUUCCGGAGAUCAAGCACUUCUGUCCACGGACGCCUAUCAUCCUGGUUGGCUGCCAGCUGGAUCUCCGCUAUGCUGACCUGGAUGCAGUUAAUCGUGCGCGUCGACCCCUUGCCAAACCCAUCAAACCGACGGAUAUCCUCCCUCCCGAGAGAGGCCAUGAGGUGGCAAAGGAGCUCGGGAUACCCUACUAUGAGACGAGUAUCGUCGCCCAGUUUGGAGUCAAGGAUGUUUUUGAUAAUGCGAUCAGAGCUGCCCUCAUCUCCCGCCGUCACCUGCAGUUUUGGAAGUCUCACCUGAAAAAGGUGCAGAGGCCCCUUCUCCAGGCACCCUUCCUGCCUCCUCGCCCACCACGUCCCAUUGUGGGAAUCCCAGACCCACCUCCCACAGAUGGCGAGGGCCCCGACUCCCUCUUCUGUCACCCACUCUGUGCAGAUGUUGUUUUUCUGCUACAGGGCAGUGGCACCCGUGUUUUUGCUCACAAAGUCUAUCUGGCUACUUCCUGCUCCAAGUUCUAUGACCUUUUCACUCUUGAGCUUGGUUCAUCCUCCUUAGGGCCACAGGGGGAGCAGGACAAAAGCAAGGAAAGCUCGGACAGUGGGGACGAAGAUGAGCUGAGCAGAAGAGGAGCCAAGGAGCAAGCUGGGCGCACUAAGAGCCUAGACAUUGAUAAAGACGGGGUUGGUGGCAGUGUGCGAGGCCUGAAUCGACCCCCGCUGCUCCAGCGUGGCUCCUUACGGACUUCCCAGAGUGAUAAUGCACUCCCCUCUCAAGCCCAGUACUCUUUGGGAACUCCUGUGAGUGGUCGGGCACUUUCGGGAUGGGGAAGAGGGUUCUUGAGUCUUUGUCUGGAGCAUGUUGAUGACCCCAUGACUGGACGACCACGACUAAUGACUGUGGUAGUCAUGGAUGCACUCAUACAAGAGGAACCAUUCAAGGCCGUGCUGCAGUACUUGUACACUGGCAACCUGGAUGAAGGUCGAGGAGACCUAAUGCAGGUGGCCACCAUCGCUGAGCUACUUGAGGUGUUCGACCUGCGGAUGAUGGUGGCCAAUGUUCUCAACAGGGAGAGUUUCAUGAACCAGGAGAUAACCAAGGCGUUCCAUGUCCGCAGAGCCAACCGCAUCAAGGAGUGUCUCAACAAAGGCACCUUUGCUGAUGUGGUGUUCCGGCUGGACGAUGGCUAUCUCCCGGCCCACAAGCCCCUGCUCAUCUCCAGCUGCGACUGGAUGGCGGCCAUGUUCCGUGGCUCUUUCAUGGAAAGCUACAUUGAGGAGGUGGCUAUCCCUUCCACAAGUACAGCAUGUAUGCGAGGUGUGCUGGAGUACCUCUACUGCGCCAUGCUGACACCUUGUCCAGACCUGGAGUCCAUUGAACUGAUAGUGGUGGCCAACCGUCUUUGUUUACCACGCCUGGUCGCCCUAACCGAGCAGCAUGCUGUUGAUGAGCUCCUGCAGAUGGCAGUGAAAGGAGUUGACGUUGAUGGGCACGUCUUGGCCUAUUUGGAGCUUGCACAGUUCCACAAUGCCAAGCAGCUAUCAGCCUGGUGUCUCCAUCACAUCUGCACCAACUAUAACAGCAUUUGCCGCAAGUUUCCCAAAGACAUGAAGGCCAUGUCUCCAGAGAACCAGAGGCACUUUGAGAAGCAGCGCUGGCCUCCCGUGUGGUUCCUGAAGGAGGAGGACCGCUACUUGCGCUCGCAGAAGGAGCGUGAGCACGAGGAGGAGAUCUUGCGCAAGCAGCACACCAAGCGAGGCUGGUGCUUCUGGAGGCAGUCGUCCUCUUCGCCGCACGUCUCCUAGGUGUCCACGGAAGAGGUCCCGGUUGGGCUCUCUCUCUCUCUCUCUCUCUCUCUCUCUCUCUCUCUCUCUCUCUCUCUCUCUCUCUCUCUCUCCCCCCCCCCUCCAUGCGGACCUCACUCAGUGUUAAUUGGGAAUGUACUGUUGUGUGCCUCUUUACAACCGCGGGAGUGCAGUUAUGCCUACGUAGAGCUAAGUGCUUCCCUGAUGCCCACACCCACGAGGGCCUGUGGGGGGGCCAGCAACACACCUCCUUGUCCCCCCCACCCUUACAAGAGCUUCAUCCCAUCCGUUGAGUGAUUGGACUGGGAGCAAGGGCUGUCAAUCUCCUAGUCUUCACCUACCGUCUUGAUCCGCUCCACUUUUGUUUUCGUUCAAAUUGGUGGGGUGGGAGGGGCUCACUUCUGCCUUCACUUCUACACAAGACUGUUAGCUCUCACACACACAGACCCUUUGCCCAAGAUCUACCUGUCUACAACCAGCACCGGAUAUCCAGGAAGUGACACAAUCUAACUAAGUAUUUUGAUAUGAGUUUUUGUAAAUCCCUUGCACCUUUUUAAACGACUCUCACCCGACAGAAGUCGAUCGACCUUCUCCGAGGAAGUGUCCGUGAUUGUCUUGACUGUUGGAUUGGAGCACAUUCUUUUUUUUAUUCGAGGGCAAAGCAAACCCUGCUGUUAAUGACACCCAGCCCAGUUUGUCUCCAUCCUGCACCUUCUAUUCCUCCCCCCCCACCAAAAAAAAAAAAAAAAAAAAAAAAGCUCACCUUGCCAAACUGCACUUCAGAGACUUUCCAAGUGACCACUCAAUAAGCAUUGAUGGCGAUAAGGAGCCUUACUUGACACCUCUUCCCUGGAGGAAUGACGGGACGGAUACAGUAUUAAACAAAACACAUUGGUAACGUCCAUCACCACCACUAGGCUGCGUGGAAGCGCCUCAGCAAGCCUGCCUUUACACCACUGCACCACUGGGGGCAGCACUGCUCAGGGCACUACACGCUAACACUUUUAAUGCCUGUGACUUAUACGUUGUUGUUUCUCCUUUGUACAAAGGAGUAUUAGGGCCACCCUGAACAAAUAAUUAAAGGAAUAAACUUGAGUAAAGUCGUAAUAUUCACGCGCCUGAACAUGUAUAUAAAAUUAUUACUUUAUUAGCACCCUGCUGCGAAGACUGAAAAUCCAUGAGUAAUUGACGCAACCCCAAAUGGUUUCAAAUUGCCUAUAGACAGCACAAAAUAGCUUAUGUCUAAAUUAAUUUGCAUCUAUCUCGACUCACUUCAAUGUAUUUAAUUGACACCAAAAGGCCACCAGAUGGCACCUGAGCACAAAAGCUGUGAAUAGGCAAGUUUUUCAGCAAAUGAAGGAGGAUAUGUUACAAAGAAAAUCCGUAAAUAGGCAAAUUUACAAAUGCCGCACUGCAAAGAUGAGGGGGUUAACUAUUUUUUUACACUUUUCACCUCAUACGACUUUAUUUUUGUCGCCUUACACACUUAAAACCACUUCAUUAUCGUAUGAUACAAUAUGACUGACGUUGUAAUAGUACGAGAAUAAUGGUUUUUGGCAGCAUUGCACACUUUCUUCAAAAAAUGACUUUAUUCUCAUAGCAUUCCGACCACUUUCUCACUUUUUUCUCACGAUGUGACUUUACUCUCGCAUUUUUUUCUUUUAUUCUCAUAACAUUGCACAGUUAUAAUAUGACUUUAUUCCAGAGCUCCCUCCCCUCAUAUUACACUGUUUAAUUCGUGGCCCAAGUGCUCCUUUGUAUUUAUGUAUUGUGAGGAGUGUUAAAAAGAGUACAUGAGUACAUGAAUGCAUUUAUGAACUCUGUCCACCUCACUCGGAAUACCAAAGCUGUGAUUCUCUUUCUUCCUCGCUUUGGGUAAUUUUUGCUUCCCUUACAUGUGUGACGCGGUGAUCAAGUGAUUUGUAGUACAAGGCAUGUGAUGUGUUUGAAUCCCUCCUCGGGGAAAAAGGAGAAGAAAAAAAAGAUUCACUUUGCCUUCCGUUCCUUUCGGUGGAAUCCAAAAUGGUGCUCACGACAGACAGACAGACACACACACACACACACACACGCACACACACGCAGUUCUCAGUUUCCAAGAAAAUCAUUCAGUUGAACUUGUGCUGUGUGUAAGAAAAAAGGUAAUUAGUUUUUAGAAUAUGUAGCAUUCAGAUUUUACACACACAUGCUUUGGGAGAUUGAUUUUCAUUGAAUUCGCCACAGAUGUGUUUCUACGCAUGCUCGAGGUUGGGUGCCAAUUUCUUUGGGCUUUCAGUGGUCAUGUGAAAACAAGACUUGCUGGUUAAGAGUUCUUUCCUUCACUUUAGCUUGGAAUGGGAUGGUUUGAGUCAUGUGGGUCGCAUGUCCCUGUUCUCCGCAGAAGUUGCGAUAAAGUCCUGAAAUAGAAGUCUGAUUGGAUCUCACGAGAGCAAAGCAAGAUCCAAGCCAAUAUUUCAGUGAGGAAAAAAAAAAAAGCAGUGUAAAAGACUACACAUUGCCUGGAAUUACUCACUGUCAAGACCAGUUGAGGGCUUUUGGGAAUUUUGAAAGGUGACUCAAAAGAGGUGAGAAUUGAAGAACAGAUUUUGAUGGCUACUAUUUGUCUUAUUAAUUAUUGGUAUGGCCCAAUUAGCCUCUUCUGUCAGUUCGUGUGCCUUAUAUCAGGAGAAACUGAGUCAACAUUUGGGUUGCCGGCUAUUUCUGUAAAAUAGGUUGUGGUUCAGACGUUAGCCCACGCCAGAACUAGAACUUCAGCAGCAGAUGAUUUUGAAUUAAUCUCUGCUGUGGCCACAUGGCCUCAGAUUAUUGUUUUUAUGUGGAUUAUUUGGAUGGAGAAAGACUCACGCCAUGGACAGAAGGCCAUAAAACGGCGGUGAUUAAAAAAAAAUUAUAAUAAAAAAUGCCAGAUUGAUUCCUGAAAGUGAAAAUAAAAUUAAAUAGUUUAAAAUAAUAAACACUGUUAAAAUUGUAGGUGGCAGCCACUUCAUAUUAUACAGUAUAAUGUCACUUUGCAUCGGAAAGCAUUUUCUUUUGACCUUAUUUGUUUUUGUCAAUGACCUUUUCUGUGCUUAGCAUGACCUGUUCCGGAUGAUUGUAGCACCCGUUUUACCUUUUUAUUGACCUAAAUUGAGCCCCUUUUUUUUAGAAGCGCUCUGACUUUUGUACACAAGAUCACUUUCACUCGGCACCGUUUAAAUACGUACUCACCUUUGUCAUAAUAAUAAUACAAAUAACAUGCAGGGACAUUUAUAAACAUGCUGCAAACACUAUGUAAGAGGCAAUCAUAAGGGUGUGUGUUGUAAUACAAUGAGUAAUAUUCAUGGGGUUUAUACACUAUUAAUACAGGGUGUUAAUGUUUUUCAAAGCAACACUCGAGGUGGUUUGUGAUAUUAAAAUGCACGUUUGAAAUUGGAGGUGGGGAACAAGCCCAUUUGAUCUGGUCAGCCAUGCAAUGUUUUUCAUAAAUUAUGUGCUCUAGGGAUAAUUCCCCACCCAUUUUGUAAAUGGUUGAAUGGCAAGUACAAUUGUAUUAGCAUGAAAUCAGUGAUAUUGGAAUUGGGGGUGGGGGAACAUUAUGCAUGAUUCUGAGUCUGUUCUGAGUACGUCGGAGCAUAUUUAUUUCUAACGGGGACUGAAUAUCACUUAAUUAUGCUCAUGGGGAGAUGUCCACUGAAAUUAAAUGCGUGAUAAUCCUGAAUUGCAGGACAAAACAAAAAGUCAAAUAUUGUGAGUUGUCAGUCAGCCAUCACUAUAUGGUGACCUCUCACAGGCCAAAGUUAUAUUGUACACUGAUGUCAUGUUUAGUUGUUUGUUUAUCUUCAUCGAAUACUUUUUACGGUCACAUUGGAGUCUGAGAGCGAACACGUUGUGUCUCUCCGUUCAUGUGCCUUUAGUGAAAUAUUCACACUUGUAGCCCUGUACAGGCUGACCACUACCAUGCUCCACUUCAAGUUAAUUAAGCCAAAAAGUAACCAUACGCAGAAUUAACAUUUGGCAGCUUUGAGUAUUUUUUUUAAAGCAGCAGUGAUGACACGAGUUUUGUUGUUGUAUUAUCAGCUUAAGUUACGCAACAGUUGAAUUGUGAAGCAACCCUGCACACCAGCAGUUCUCAAAUGAGGUCUCUGCACUCUUUAUUAGGUGCCUGCACUUUCUAUUAUGUAGCCUAGAUUGAAACCUUUCGUGAUCAGUACGCUGAAGUCUUUAUAUUCCAAGCGAUCUCCAUCAGAACUCAUCUUAUUGUUUUCACUUUGUCAUUAUGACUCCACAUUCAGUAUUAUCCCACUUCCACUAUUCAGAUGCAGUGUGAAGAAACAUGUUUGAUUUAAAUGCAAACAUUCAAUGUGACAACUGUGUAAUAUCAUGCUUUAAUGAUUUAAGAUGGUUGUUAUCCAAAGUUAAGUCCAGUAUUUUGGAGGGUGGAUGUGAUGUCAGCUGCGGAGGAUUGCUUGGACUGAAUAGGUAUAGUUGUGCACUUUUGUUUUCAUGUGACUUUUAUUAAUCUCUACCGCUCGUGUAUUACCAUUAAAAACAAAGAGCACAUGUACCACCUUCACAUAUGACUAUCAAGGGCUUUCAAAAAGGAAAAAAAAAUAAAAAAUUCAACAAUCAGAAUGUUUGCUGCUGUUUGCAAAGAUGUUUUGAAACAGUUUGUAAUAUUUUUUGAACUGCUAUGAUUUGUACAAAAUUUCCUCUUUUUUUUUUUUUUUUUUUUUUUGCCAUUUCAGUAUUUUGAUGUUUGACAUGGAUUUUAUUAAAAUGGUUAAUCUUUUGA